AAUGUUGUCACGUGACGCCAGCAUGGCGGAUCCGGAUACUUGUUUAGAUUCUUUUAUUUAUUAAAGAAUAUAGAUCAAGAUCUAUGUAGAUCUAUACUGUCUAUAACUAUAGACUACUAUAUCUAUAUAUAUAGUGUAUCAAAUAAGCCCACUAGUUUGAUUGAUUAAUUAUUUUUUUACUGUCUGUCUGAAAAAUAGAAGAACAUUAGUAGAUCUAAAAGUCUUCAAUAAACUAUUUCUGGUCGGCUUUGCCGAAAUAGCUCAGACUCAGAUAUGUUUCUUACCAGAGCAUUGGAAAAGAUUCUUGCAGAUAAAGAAAUUAAAAAGGCGUAUCAUUCGCAACUGAAAAAAGCUUGUGAAGGAGCUUUAGAUGAAUUGAAGAAUGAAAACAAGAAAAGCAUUGAAGAGCCUAAGGAGUCGUCCUCUGCUCUACCUAUUCCAAAACAAGCAGGUUUUGUUGAGGCAGAUAAAUAUUUUCUACCCUUUGAGUUAGCCUGUCAGUCAAAAUGUGCCAGAAUAGUGAACAUUGCUUUGGAUUGCUUACAGAAACUAAUUGCAUAUGGUCACCUAACUGGCAAUAUUCCAGACUCCACAACCCCUGGAAAGCGGCUUAUAGAUCGAAUAGUUGAAACAAUUUGUGGAUGUUUUAAUGGUCCUCAGACAGAUGAAGGAGUGCAGUUACAAAUAAUAAAAGCCUUGUUGACAGUAGUGACAUCUUCAACUUGUGAAAUCCAUGAAGGGACUGUACUUCAGACUGUUCGUACUUGUUAUAACAUUUAUUUGGCCAGCCGCAAUCUUGUAAAUCGGUUAACUGCAAAGGCAACUCUUACUCAAAUGCUUAAUGUCAUUUUUAGCCGUAUGGAAGCUCAAGCGGUUCAAGAUGAAAAAUCCACCGAACGUUCUGAUAAUAAAGAUAAAAAACUGCACAAAGAUACUAAUGAGCAGAAGGAAAAACAAGAAAAUGUGGAUGAAGGUGUGUCAGUUCAACAAGAUGAUAUGAUGGACAGCAGCGAAGACAAAAAUACUGGCAUUUUAGAAAAAAGUCAUGCAGAAGUUACAGAAACAUUAUCAGAGGAGCCAUUGAAAAAUGGAGAAGAUGCAAGUGAAGAUAUCACAGCUGAAUCUAUUGCUUCAAGUAUUAUAACUGAAAUAUUGCAUAAUGUGACAAAGGAUAAUGUGGAUGAGAAUAAAGAAAAAGAAGUUGCAGUUGAAGACACCAAUAAAUUGGAUAACAGAACUCAGGUUUCUCCAGAGCAACAGUCUUCUCAAGCUAUGAUUAACUCCACAGAGGGAGCGUCCAAUGCUUCACCUGAUGAUGGGCAUGAAAAUGAACAGUUUCAAGGAGCAUUUAGUCACAUAUUACAGAAAGAUGCUUUCCUUGUAUUCAGAAGCUUGUGUAAACUUUCAAUGAAACCUUUAGGGGAUGGACCUCCUGACCCCAAGUCCCACGAACUGCGCUCUAAAGUUUUAUCCCUCCAACUUCUACUGUCUAUACUACAAAGUGCUGGUCCAGUUUUUCGCACCAAUGCAAUGUUCAUUAAUGCCAUCAAGCAAUAUUUGUGUGUUGCUCUUUCAAAGAAUGGUGUCAGCUCUGUUCCUGAAGUGUUUGAACUUUCUCUUGCUAUAUUUAUAACAUUACUUGCUCAUUUCAAGCAACACCUGAAAAUGCAGAUUGAGGUGUUUUUCAAAGAAAUAUUUCUCUACAUCCUUGAAACUCCAAGCAGUUCAUUUGAACACAAGUGGAUGGUCAUUCAGGCACUGACUAGAAUUUGUGCAGAUGCGCAGAGUGUGGUUGAUAUUUAUCUUAACUAUGACUGUGAUUUGGCUUUAGCAAAUAUCUUUGAACGGCUCAUCAAUGACUUGUCCAAGAUAGCUCAAGGGAGACAUGCCUUAGAACUAGGUGCCACUCCCAAUCAAGAAAAGAGCAUGAGAAUCAAGGGGCUCCAGUGUUUGGUGUCUAUCCUUAAGUGUAUGGUUGAGUGGAGUAAAGACCUGUAUAUAAACCCUCAUUCUCAAUCCAAUUUAGGGCAAGACAGUAAACCUUAUACAGAAACUGACAAUGAUUCUGGAAGUGGAACUAUGACUAGCUAUGGAAGCACCAACUCUCUUAGUUCAAACUCAAGUGCACCUACUAAUUUAAAUGGACCCACUUCUGGGAAUGUACCUGCAGAUAAUCCUGAACAAUUUGAAGUCCUUAAGCAACAGAAAGAAGUCAUGGAGAUAGGAAUAGAUCUGUUCAACAAGAAGCCUCUGAAAGGUAUUCAAUAUCUACAAGAACAAGAAAUGCUUGGGAAACUACCUGAAGAUAUAGCUGAGUUCUUACUUAAUGAAGAACGUUUAAACAAAACUGCCGUGGGAGAUUUUCUGGGUGAAAAUGAAAAGCUACACAAAGAAGUGAUGUAUGCCUACAUUGACCAGAUGGACUUUUCCAGUAUGGACAUUGUGUCUGCUAUGAGGAAAUUCCUAGAAGGUUUUAGACUUCCAGGAGAAUCACAGAAGAUUGACAGGCUUAUGGAAAAAUUUGCGUCAAGAUAUUUUGAAUGUAACCAAGGGCUUGAGAUCUUUGCUAGUGCUGAUACAGCCUAUGUUUUGGCAUUUUCAAUCAUCAUGUUAACAACUGAUCUACAUAAUCCACAGGUUAAGCCUAGCUCAAAGAUGACCAAAGAACAAUACAUUCGCAUGAAUCGGGGCAUCAAUGAUAGCAAAGAUCUACCCGCAGACUAUUUGUCAGCCAUCUAUGAUGAAAUAGCUGGCAAAGAAAUCAAAAUGAAAGUUCAUGGUGGUGCUAAGCCUAACACAACAGCCAAAGAUAUUACAUCUGACAAACAGAGACGUUUGCUAUACAAUUUAGAGAUGGAGAACAUGGCGCAAACUGCUAAAGCCUUGAUGGAGAGUGUCAGCCACUGUCAAGUCAGUUUUACUAGUGCUACUCACCAAGAACAUGUUAGACCUAUGUUCAAGUUAGCAUGGACACCUUUUUUAGCAGCUUUCAGUGUUGGGUUACAAGACUGUGAUGACAAUGAGAUAGCUUUGUUGUGUUUAGAUGGCAUUCGAUGUGCCAUUAGAAUAGCCUGUAUCUUUCAUAUGGAGCUGGAGAGAGAUGCUUAUGUCCAAGCCUUGGCUAGGUUCACUCUACUCACUUGUGCAACUCCUAUCACAGAAAUGAAGACCAAGAAUAUUGACACAAUAAAAACAUUAAUUUCUGUAGCACACACUGAUGGAAACUAUUUGGGCAAGUCUUGGCUUGAGAUCCUAAGAUGUAUCUCCCAGCUUGAACUAGCCCAGUUGAUCGGGACUGGAGUGAAAACCAAAUAUAUCACUAGUGGUCCUCACUCUAACAAUCCUGUUGAAGCCCAUGACCCAGAAGCCAUAGUUAAAGGUAACAUGGGACACAUGAACAGAGAGAGACUAGCAAACUUCCAGGAAACUGUUGGUGAAACAAGCUCACAGAGUGUUGUAGUGGCAGUGGACAGAAUAUUUACUGGUUCUGUGAAGCUGGAUGGGGAUGCCAUAGUUGAGUUCACUCGAGCUUUGUGUCAAGUGUCUAUGGAUGAACUUGCUAGUACAUCUCAUCCUCGAAUGUUUAGCUUACAAAAAAUUGUAGAGAUAUCUUACUAUAACAUGGGUCGUAUUCGUCUUCAGUGGUCUCGCAUUUGGCACUACCUUAGUGAUCAUUUUAAUAAGGUUGGAUGUAAUCCAAAUGAAGACAUUGCAUUUUUUGCCGUUGACUCUCUUCGUCAACUUUCCAUGAAGUUUAUUGAGAAGGGAGAGUUUGCCAACUUUAGAUUUCAAAAAGAUUUUUUGCGUCCUUUUGAGCACAUAAUGAAAAGAAAUAAAUCUCCAGCUAUUCGUGAUAUGGUGGUAAGAUGUGUGGCUCAGAUGGUCAAUUCUCAGGCAGCUAACAUCAAAUCUGGAUGGAAAAAUAUCUUUAGUGUUUUUCAUUUGGCUGCUUCAGACAUUGAUGAAGGCAUAGUGGAUCUCUCAUUUCAGACCACUGGAAAAAUUAUUUUGAAUGUAUUUGAGAAACACUUUGCAGCCAUCAUUGAUUCCUUUCAAGAUGCAGUGAAAUGUCUUUCAGAGUUCGCUUGUAAUGCUGCAUUCCCUGACACCAGCAUGGAGGCCAUUAGAUUGAUUAGAAACUGUGCCAAGUAUGUAGCUGAAAAACCAAAUAUGUUCCGGGAACAUGCUGGUGAAGAGAUCUCUGUGCCUGAAGAAGAUAGAGUAUGGGUCAAGGGUUGGUUCCCUGUGCUUUUUGAAUUGUCUUGUGUGAUCAACAGGUGUAAAUUGGAUGUCAGAACAAGAGGUCUGACUGUAAUGUUUGAAAUCAUGAAGACUUACGGAGAAAGCUUUCAGUCACAUUGGUGGAAGGAUUUGUUCAAAAUCGUCUUUCGUAUAUUUGAUGUAAUGAAGUUACCUGAACAGCAGAAUGAGAAAGCUGAAUGGAUGACCACCACCUGUAAUCAUGCUCUUUAUGCCAUUGUGGAUGUAUUUACACAAUAUUAUGAGCAGCUGUCAGCUUUACUUUUAAAAGAUCUUUAUAAUAUGCUGCAGUGGUGUGUGGCACAGGAUAAUGAACAGCUUGCCAGAUCUGGCACUAACUGUUUGGAAAAUUUGGUCAUUUCAAAUGGCAGCAAAUUUUCCAAUGCUGCCUGGGAUGAAACAUGUAAAUGCAUGCUGGACAUAUUCAAGUCAACAAUACCACAUAAGUUACUUAGUUGGCAGCCUGAAUGUGUGUCCGAUUUAGUGUCCCCUGUCAGACAUGAAGGUCCAGCCAUCAGUGAGAAUCAUGAAGAUUAUCUGCCUGAGUCUGGUCGUAUGGGCAGAGCUGAGAGCUUACAGAGUGUCCAGAGCUCUGUCUCACAGCAGGAAUGGCAGGAACAGAAACCUAUCAAAAAAACUGCUAGUGACCAACAACUAUUUCAAGGACUUUUAAUUCGCUGUGUUGUCCAACUGGAACUGAUUCAGACAAUUGACAACAUUGUUUUCUUUCCUGCCACCAGUAGACGAGAGGAUGCUGAAAAUUUAGCAGCGGCUCAAGGUGGUGACAAUGAUUCCCUAUCAGACUCUUAUCAUGAACAUGCUGGUGAUGAACAAGGCAUGUAUCAGUAUCUAUCAUCCAGUCAACUGCUCAUGUUUGUAGACUGUCUUCUAGAGUCUCACAGGUUUGCCAAAUCUUUCAAUUCUAACCAUGAACAGAGAAAUAUUCUGUGGAAGGCAGGUUUCAAAGGAAAAGCCAAACCCAACCUUUUGAAACAAGAAACUCAAAGUUUAGCUUGUCUUUUUAGGAUUUUAUUUAGAGUUUAUGAUGACAACAGCAGGAAGUCUUCAUGGCCUGAAGUAGAGCAAAAAUUACUUGGAAUUUGUCAAGAGGCCUUAGACUAUUUUCUUAGUCUCCAGUCAGACAGUCACAGAGAAGCAUGGGGAAGUUUACUAUUGCUGUUACUGAUUAGAUUGCUGAGAAUGUCAGAAGACAGGUUUAAACUUCAUGCCAGUGCUUACUUCCCUCUACUGUGUGAGACCAUCAUGUUCCCUCUCAAGCCAGAAAUUGUUUCCACUCUGCGCAAAUUUUUCCUGAGAUUAGGUCCUGCUUUUGGUAUAACAGAGAAGCAGCAGACAUAGUGGGACUCCAUGGAACCAAGUUGUACAUACAUUGUGGGGGUCAGGUGAAAGAAUAGUCAUAAUGAUUGGUUGCUAUUGAGAGUUGUUCUUUAUAAUUCAUGUUUGUGGAAUGUUUCACCCACUUCAAAUGAACUAUUGUACUAAUGACUUAAUUUAAAGAAAAAAAGAAUCUUUGUUUAGACUAAGAGUUUUGAUUUAAAUUUUUUUUUUAUCCUGACCCUGUAUUGGGCAAAUGUUUGCGUGAAACACACAUUAAGAGAAAGCUGUUUAUUUAUUUGAAUGACUUCUUAGAAAGUCAAAGAAGUAGGGUUGUGUUCAUUAUUGUGAUAUUGUGUAGGCUUUUUUUUUUUUUUUUUUUUUUUUUUUUUUUUUUUUUUUGUUCGUAGUUGAUCACUACGCUUGUUUGCUUCAAACUUCAUUAAUCUAAAAUGAACAUCCUAGUAUAUGUAAACCCGGGAAACCAGAAAGUUUAAGACACUUCAAACAUACUUGUUAUCUUAUAAAUGACUGACGUUGCUUCAAAGAAGAUAAUUAUGUCUACAUGUAUGCAUGUGUUAAUCUAGUUGUGCAUGUUAAUUAGAGACUGAAUUCUGCUAAGUUCCAUUAAGUCUUGUUCUUAUCAGUAUCCAAAACAAAACUGGUUAGACACAAAUCUGUAUAUAUUGAACUUUAUGGCUUCUUUUAAAAUUGGUUGGUGUUUUGAAACUUUGUUAAAAAUUGUAGUGACCAAUCCCAACAAAGGAUUAUAUACUAUGAAUGUCACUUCGGGGAAUAGGAAAACACCUCAAAAUAUUUGUGUUUCAACUUAAGUUGAGCUAUGCAUGUACACCUACUCUACACGUGUAUCUUACAAAAUCAAGUGACCAGAGUCAUGAAGUCCAACUGAACUAAUGGCAACACAAGUCUAUUCCUUUUUUUUUUCUUUGUUGCAUGAUUACACUUUUUUCUUUCUUCAUUCUUUCAGCAUCAAAUUGUCUAUGCACUAUUAAAAGAAUGACCUGAUCAUUUUAUAGUGCAUGUCCAGAAAGAAGAGCAAAUUUAGAAACAUUUACUAUUUAUCAAAAAAGAUGUAUUUAUUUAUUUAUUGGCAUUGCCUGCCUAUUGUUUGAGUUUCUAGAGCUUGCUCUUAUGUCAUUUUUUUGUCUAGACAAUUGGUUAUCUAUGUAAAUUAUCAGUAUCAUAUGUAAAUUUAUUGUUUUGAUCUAAAGGAUUAAUAGAUAUACUUUUUUUUUCCUAUUGUGUUUAUCUUUUUCUUAAUUAUACAUCACAAUGCUAAUUUUUUUUAUUUUUUUUUUGCUUUGAUUUGAACACUCAAAUAUUUUUUCUUUAGGGGGAAAAUGGUUAUUCAAAUACAAUUCAAAUGUAGAGGUUCAUAGAAAAUUAUAGGUAAAAUAUUCCAAAGCAAAUGUAAAUACUAACUGCAUUUUUAAAUGGCUUCUGGCGAUUCCUUUAAAUUAUCUUUUUCAAGAAGUUGAUCUUAUUGUGAUGGCAAUGGCAAUCAAAAGUUAAGAUUUUUUAACAAAAAAUAAAAUAAAACGAAAAUAGUUUCUUACAUAGACCAUUGAUACAAGAAUGUUUUCACGACUCAAAUGACAUUGUCUUUAGUUAGUACCAGUAAAUGUGUUAUUUAUCACUGUAAGCCCAAACAUUCCUUGGUUCUCAACCAUUUGUUGUUUUGUUGUAUCUAUGACUUGUACAUUGUUUCUGGUACACAGAGAGAUUUCAUUGAUUUGAUGUUUAAGAAUAAAGUUUUGAUCACAAUAAAUUAGAUAUUUGAAAAGGAACAUUUUAUAUACCCUAACAAAUACAACACUGGUUAGCAUGAUCCAGUAAGGGAAAAAUCUAAUGGGCAUAGGAAUGUACAUUUAAUUUUCAUUAUUAAAUAACCUACACCAUUUCUCUUAAAACAACACAAAAUAAAGAGGUUAUGAUUUAAUUAAGGAACUAAAAAGUUCAGUAAUUUAAAUUUGUUUCAAUAUUUUUUUCUGGCUGUGAAAUAAUAAAUUGGCUUUCAAAACACUAACCCUUAUAGUUGUGUAAAGUUGUUUCUGUUUUACACAGUUGAAGCUUUUUAAAGUGAAGAUUUUGUAUUUGCAAUGAAUUACUUGGUUUCACAUUUUAAAAAAAAGUCAUUUUUUGAAAUUACUUUAUAAAACUUUCUAAAGUAUGUGGACAAAGUUUGAAUUGAAACUGUUUGCAUAUGUCUAAAUAAAAAGCUGUCGACUAUAAUUGGGGGUAAUAAAUAAAAGAGUGGUUUGAUCUUAGCAUUGUUAUCAUGUUGUUUCUAGAUUAAACAAUAUCUAGUAUAUAAUGUCAUAUGUUUGUCCUGUACAUAUAUAGAGUAAUGAUUCUAAAUCAUUUGUGUUUUUAUUUACCAUUGCUCCAUACAUUAAAUGAUUUUACAUAAUCAAGUCAAGGAAAUGCUUCUACAUGUAGUUAUGUGGGUGGUCAGUGUGAUUUUUUUUCAUACCAAUUGACCAGUUUAUGUUUCAACUUUUGUGAUUUUAAAAUGUUCAGUUUCUGACAAAGCAGAUUGACCAUAAUGAAAUAAAUUCCAUAUUCAACACUU